CGCCAAACAAGCGGGAAAACCACCUCACUCGAAUGCAGGAUGACGACGCCAGAGAAGAGGAAGCAGGCUAGUAUUGCGUCGUUCUUCUCUCCAGUUAGUAGAAAUGUGGCGCCAGGUGUGGAUCCUGUGCCGACGACAACCAAGAACCCACCCGUAGCGAUCGCAGAAGCAAAAGAAUCGUCCCCGCCAGGAAACAAUACAGAUACCACAGCAAACCCUCCUCUCAAUAUCGAGGGGAUGCAAACAAAGCCAUCGAAACGAAAGAUUAAGUUGUCAGAUACACAAUCUGCAAUUCAACUGGACAAACUUAAGGACGACCAGCUGACCAAGUCGUCGCCAACGUUUCAUCACGAGGCUAAGAAAGACGAUACAGAAAUGCUUGUAUCAUGCGACACUGUGCCACCGAAGAUGAAGAAACGUAAAACGAAGGCCCCAGCGAAUGCCUUGAAAACCCCAAACGCGCAAGCCCAGCUUCCAGCGCCGACUCCAGACUCCACGACACUCGUAACGCCAGCACGAGUUACAGAAGCACCAAGUGUGUCAAGUGUAAAAGGAACGGCUAAAACGGAUGUCAUCACCAUUGACGACAGCGACGACAAUUCAGUCAACAUGACCCCUUCGGAUACUGCUGAGGCAAAGACUAAAAAGUCAAGGCCACAACGAGUGGCGACCACCACUGUGCACAAGCCAAACGAGCCCGCUGAGGUCAAGCCGCCUGCUCGAAAGAGAUCAAAGGCAGCGGCAUCCCCUGAAGCCCCUCCGGCUGUUGUCAAACCAGCUUUGAGUGGAAUCUUACAGCAAAAGCAUGAGUUGUACCUGCAAAAGCUCACAGACGUCGAACAACUCUUCGUUGCGCUGACCAAGGGCAAGAACAAGGACGAGUUGCUGCAAGAAAUCUAUGGCGCCCACGUCGACAUUGGUUUGAACUUGACGACGGAGUUCUUAGCAGCCUGCCGAGAAGAAUUGACAGCGGAAUGUAAGUCCAUCACAACAGCAUGGGCGUCGGUGCCGGUGGUGGCCAAGUCCUUCAUUGCGAGGCGAAUUCAAGGUUGCAUGGACUCUUUGAGUACGUUGGCAGACAAGAUUCAGUCCGAAUGGCUCGAGUGGCUGAAUGCGUCGUCUGAGGUGGCCUGUUUCAAUGCAUCGAUGGUGGAAAUGGAAAUCAAGUCGAUGGCCGAACGAGUGUCUUAUGGGGCCAAGUCGAAGAAGGCGCACAUGUUCCAAGAUACAACGCCGCGAGCGAUGUGGGUGUGGGAGGUCGGAGCAAUCGAGUCGUACUUUGACGACGAUGCUGUCAAGAUAAUUCGCCGCGUGCGCAAACAGCGGAAACGCACUGGUCAGGCUAUUAAAACAUUGGACAAGAUCGCCACGAUGAUCCUGGAAGACACGACGGAUGACUCGAAGUUGAGUUUGGAAGAGGGCAAAGUGAGCAAGUUCUUCGUCGCGGUCGAGCAAGAAAUCCAAAAGGCUCAAAAGCGUGGUGAGCACGAAAAGCAGAAGGCGUUGGAGAAGGACUUGAAAGCUCAGCAACAAAUGGAGAAGGAGGAAGCGAAGCGGAUGGACCAAGAGCUGAAACGGAAGGAGAAGGAAGACACGAAGAAGAAACAGGAAGCGUUGGCGAAAGAAAAAGAAGAGCAGGAGCUCCUGCGGCGCCGCCAAACGUGGGGCACGUUCUUGAAGAAGACGGAAACUAAACCGAGUAACGACAUUUCCAGAGACCGAACGGUCCUGGCGGACAGUAAUAUGGAGAGAAUCGACCAAGAAUUGGGACUUGGAAUGUCGAAGGAUGGAACGGGACCAAAGAACCCACCAGCAAUUUCAUUGACGACUGGUACAGCACCGCAAGUUCCAGUGCAGCCGGGGAGUUGGUCCAGCCAACGUCACAGACACCCAACGUUGGGUAUCAAGAAGUUGUUGCAGUUCCACGACAACUAUCGACCAGCGUAUUGGGGCACCAACUCGAAGAAGGCCCGAGUGCUGCGUCGAGGCCGUCGGCCGUUCGCUAUGGUGGCAAGUCUUGACUACACCGUGGAGAGCGAUUUGGAAUGGGAGGACGACGAAAUGGGCGAAAGCUUGAGUGGCAAGGACAGCGACGACGAAAACGGAGACGAGGAGGAUCGACUCGAUUAUGGAGAUCAGUGGCUGGCGUACGAAGAUGAAGUCGACUACAUUGACGAGCGACCUGCUGAAGAUUUCGAUGGUCCGCCUGCCACCACGCAUAAAAAAGUCGCAGAGCAUCACCAUCGGCCGUCCAAGCUCGUAAAACUUAUCCCUCGAAUCAUCGAGCAAGUCGAAGACCUCGCCGCGUAUACGAUCGUGGUGCUUCUCGACCAGCCCAACUUUGUGUCACCCCUGCUCAAGGUGACCCCUCCAGUAGCUGAAGAAGUCGUUGAACUUCCUCCAGCGGAGCCUGCGCCAUUAGAAGUGAUUUCCCCUCCUGUGAAACCGAGUGGCAUCACGACGUGGCUCAAGCCCAAGCCCACAUGAAGGUACAAUGUAAGGGACAUAUCGUUGUACACACGCAUUUUACUAUGCUGUCU